UACGGCUGCUACCACCGGGUCCGCGAUGUCAUGGGCUUGGCACUAAACAGCCACUAUCUUCGAUCAGCGGUGAGCCACCAUGCAGUGUACAGAGCCUUGGACAUGUUUGCCAGAAUCCGCGAGGCCUUUGGUGCAGCAAUAAGGAACUCCAGUUGGCUCGUCGGCCAUGAGCGGGAUGUGGCCCUGCGAAAGCUGGCCAACAUGAAAGCCCUCGUCGGUGGCCCCGAGGAUAGGUGGGACGAGCACUACGUGGAGGAGUAUUACGAGGGGCUCCCGGACUCGCCGAGUGACCGCUUUUUCGACGUGUGGCUCAAGGCGCGGUCGGUCUGCGCCCACCGCCUGUGGUCGGACCAGAGGAAGUUGGUGUUCGAUAUCACCAAGGUGAACGCCUACUACGAGGUUGAGACCAACCUCGUCAUCGUGCCGGCUGCCUUGCUACAGCCCAUAAUCUUCUUCCCCGACGGCAACGAGGCGUACAACUACGGGAACCUUGGGGAUAUCAUGGGCCAUGAGAUUAUGCAUGGUUACGACAUAGAGGGAGUGGAAUAUGACGACAAGAACCAGUUCAAGCCAUGGGGCACUCCACAGUCGCGCGAGCGCUACGUUCAAAACGUUAUGUGCCUGCGCAGUUCCCAUGAACAGGUUCGUCUGUUGCACUGA